AUGAUCACCCCAGCGCCAACCCUCCUCUCCCUGGCCAAGACCAUCAACACCCUCACCCAAGCCAUCAUCACAAAACUCACCACGCACAAUGUCCCCGAACCCACCUUUACCAGCUCCACGGACCACCCCCUCUGGCAAGACCCCACGCUAGACCUCAACACCACCAAAGCCCGACUUGUGGAUGCGGCCACCAGCCUCACCUGCCUUGUUGCAGGACCUCUGACCUUCCACCGUGAGGUUUUCGGCAGUCACUUCGACCUGGCCGCGUUGCAAGUCAUGCUUGAGCACAGGGUGUAUGACCAGAUUCCGCUUGCCGGCGUUUGCAUGACACUUUCAGAGCUCGGCGAGCGCGUACGACUGGAUCCAGCCAAGUUGGCGCGGCUUCUGCGGCUGCUGGCGACGCUGAAUAUCGCGGAGGAGGUCGAGGACGGGGUUUUCCGCCAUACUGCCUUUUCGGAGGUGUUGGUCCGGGAUCGCGAGUUGCGGGCUCAGGUGGAGAUGCAAUUGCGGGAUUGUAGAUUGGAUGAGAUGCAUAAAGCGAGCGAGUAUCCGGCGGCCGAAGAGAGUCAUCUGUCGCCGUUCAAAUAUCGCUGGGGCACCCCUUUCUACGAGUGGUAUGAGAAGAACCCGGAGAACGGGGUUCGAUUCGCCCUCGCUCAGGAGGUGAUUGCCAAAUUGGAUCGAUCCUCCGCCGCCCUUGUUGAAUGGAUCAAAACCAGCGGCCAUCCCGAAGGCCGACUCAUUAACGUGGGCGGGGGCAGCGGCCAUGUCGCUCUUGAACUCGCCAAGCAAUUACCGACAUGGACCUUCACAGUCCAAGACAUCUCGGAAACCAUGUUUUCGGAAAACUCCCAAUGCGCCGGCCCAAGUCUGCUCUCGCGCGUCGAGUUCAGCCAGCACGACUUCUUCCAACCACAGCCGGUUGUCCCGGAGGACGUGAAAGCGUGGUACAUACGCUCGUGUUUGCACAAUUGGGGCGAUGACGACUGUGUUCGCGUGCUGCGGCAGUUCGCACCAGCGCUGGAGGCGCGCCCGGAGUGCUCGGUGCUGAUCAAUGAGAGCAUUGUGCCGGCUCGGGGUACGGUGCCACUGCGCGAGGAACACCUGGUCCGCCAGGUGGAUGUGGCGAUGAUGGUGAUUGCCAACAGUAAGCAGCGGAGUGAGCAGGAUUUUCGGAAUUUGAUUCUAAAGGCGGAUCGGCGAUAUGAGGUGGUGAGGGUUAUUCGGUUGCCGGGGACGAUGGGGGUGAUUGAGUUCAGGUUGAGGAAGUAG